CACUAACACCACCUGGGAAGCCCUCAUUCCUUAAUACAGAUUAAAACAGUUAUACUAGCUCAUGAAUAGUUCUGCCUUCUCAUGGUAUAAGACCCAUCUCUCUAUGUACUGCAUUCAUGUUCCUUCCUGUCUUUCCUCCCAUUCAGGGCCAAAACCUGAGAUAAUGGCAGAUAUUUAGAGAGUCUGACCUACCAAGUAUCUUAUCCAGUGUUCUCAUAUCUGGUGGAUAUGUUUGCUAUAAAAGUACCCUGUUUGUGCAAGUCCAGGGUGUAUCCAAAGAUCUACAGCCUGAUAGACCAGAGUCUCCUGCCGGUAAAGAUCCUGAGAUCACAGUCCUCUGCACCUUACCUAUUUUUUUUUGCAUCUCAAAGCUCCAAAGGAUUGAUUCAUUAGUUUACUUUUUAGUUCACAUUUGUUUAAUAUUAAUGUGUUUGCAAAUCAUUAUCAUAGGCACUUGUCAUCAUCAUAAAGGACAGAGCCACAAGUUUUGGAAAAUUGCAGUGUGGUAGAGAAAAAUCUCAGGUGUAAGGGAUUUGUGCACUGGAAACAAAUGUCAUUGACUAGACAUUUGACCUAGACACUUGACCUCGAUUUGGUGAGAUGACCCUUAGAUGAAACCCUGAACUUUGAAAUCAGCAAAUAAAGAUUGGGGAAUGGGCAUAGUCACAAGAGAGAAAAGUCAUGCAAAGUGUGAGAGCAAUUACAGUGAGCUUGGGGAGAAAGUAGCUGAGUAUGUCUCAAACGUGGUACACCAGUUAUGAGGGUCAAAAGAGAUGAGGCUAGGGCAAUAGGUAGGGGUCAAAUUAGAGAAAGCCUAUGUGUAGUAACAAAAACUUUUUCCUAUUUUAUCUAAAAGCAAUUAGAAAGUCAUUAAGGAAUUAUCCAAGAAUUAUUAUUGAUUUUUAAUUUCCACAGACUCUACUCUGAAGAAACUGUGGUGAAUCAAGGACUAUGAGCAAUAAAUCACUUCAAUAUUGAUUCCUUGAACUUUCUCUGACAUGUUGCCCUACACAUUUCCUUUCAGGCAGAAAAAAUGUCUUUGUGCUGUGAGUUUCUAAGUAAACAGAGACUUGAAACCAGCAAAGGAGAGACUAUCAGUCCAUGUUCAUGGACAAAGGACUUAGGCAUGACAUGGAGAGUGACGUUCAAAUACUUCAUCAGGUGAGGAAAGUUAAAGACAGGAGUGCACUUUGAUUCUGGGAUAUUUUCAAAACAAAUAUAAAAAAAAUUUUGAUGGAAAUGUAUGCUUCCCAUUGGAAAAUGACUUCAUACUAACAGAGAUUAUUUUAAGAGUCUCAUUCCCAGGAAAGACUGAUUUAUUAACCUGUACUGGUCUCCUCUUCAAUGCCAUAGUCAUUCAUUUGCGAUGUUGUCAUAGAAGACUUCCGGCCUCUCAGAGCCCUUAGUCAUGCUGGGGAGAAACAUCACUCUGGUGAGUGAGUUCAUCCUGGUGGGCUUCCCCACCGCCCCCUGGCUGCAGGUCCUGCUCUUCUCCCUCUUCCUUGUGGUCUACUUGCUGGUGGUAGUAGAGAAUCUUGUCAUCAUGCUCACUGUCUGGGUCACUGGCUCCCUCCAUAAGCCCAUGUACUAUUUCCUGAGUAGCCUGUCCUUCCUGGAGGUCUGGUAUGUCUCUGUCACAGUCCCCAAGAUGCUGGAUGGAUUCCUCCUGCAGAGACGGCGCAUCUCCUUCACAGGCUGCAUGACCCAGCUGUACUUCUUUAUCUCGCUUGCCUGCACGGAGUGUGUACUUCUGGCAGCCAUGGCCUAUGACCGCUAUGUGGCCAUCUGCCACCCUCUCAGAUACCCGGUCAUCAUGACCACAGGUUAUUGUGUGCAGCUGGUGGCUUUUUCCUAUAUGAGUGGUUUCAUGGUCUCUGUAAUCAAGGUCUAUUUCAUUUCACAUGUUGCCUUUUGUGACUCCAAUGUCAUGAACCACUUUUUCUGUGACAUCUCACCAAUCCUCAAACUGGCUUGCAAAGACAUGUCCACAGCUGAGCUAGUGGACUUUGCUUUGGCUAUUGUCAUUCUUGUCUUCCCUCUCACCACUACCAUCCUCUCCUAUGUCUACAUUGUGUCCACCAUUCUGCGUAUACCCUCCACCCAGGGAAGGAAGAAGGCCUUCUCCACCUGUGCCUCCCACCUCACAGUAGUCAUAAUUUAUUACACAGCCAUGAUUUUCAUGUAUGUUCGGCCCAGAGCUAUUGCUUCAUUUAACUCCAACAAACUCAUCUCAGCUGUGUAUGCAGUCCUCACACCCAUGCUAAAUCCAUUCAUCUACUGUCUGAGGAACCAGGAAGUCAAGAAUGCUAUCAAAAAGACAGUGGGUGUUGGCCAGUGCUUCCUGCUCAGAUGAGACCUGCUGCCUUGAGGAGGAGACUGAUCCAGCAAGGAAGUCAUUCCUGAGAUACUUCCAAUGGUUGUGCACGCUUACUUGCUCUAUAGAUCUAGAUUCUUAAAGUAAUCACAGCAUUUGAAGACAGAAAAAAAUUAAAAACAGAAAGAAAACACAUUAUUUACUACUUUAAUCUUUCAUUGAUGUUUAGUCACUCAAUCUUGUCUCUUUGUGACCCAUGGACUG